AUGUCCCUCCUUUGGUUCUUGCAAUCAUUCUUUUUAUUUUCUAGUUUCUUAGCCUCUGCCUCGGCUAAUACCGAUGAUGAUGCAGCCCAAUUCGAGAUGUUCCAUAGACAUGCACCACAAGUCUACAAAAAUGGAACCACAUUAGGACCCCCAAAGAGCCAGCUUGAACGCGUAAAACAGCUUGUGCAUAGCGACAAUGCAAGGCAGCAAAUGAUAUCACAUAGGCUGGUGAAGAGCAGCAGCCAUAGGAGAAAGGCUUAUGAGUUUCAAGAUGGCAAUAAUAAUAACUAUAACGUUCAGCCGGUUGAUAUUCCAAUGAGAUCAGCUGCUGAUACAGGUGCAGGGCAGUACUUUGUAUCCUUUAGAGUUGGAAGCCCUCCACAAAAGUUUGUACUAAUAGCCGAUACUGGUAGCGAUGUCACCUGGAUGAAUUGCUAUUACAGGCCUAGCCCUGUGUGCCACCGUGAAAGUUGUCCCAAUUUGGAUGUCACUAGGAGGAUCUUCCAUGCUUCUCGAUCACCAACCUUUAAGACCAUUCCUUGCGUUUCUGAUUUGUGUAAAUUUGAUCUCUCUGGAUCUUUCUCUAUGGACUACUGUCCUACAGCAUUAUCACCCUGCGAAUUCGAAUACUCAUAUGCAGAUGGUUCAAGAGCUCUGGGGAUCUUUGCCAAUGAGACUGUAACAGUGGGGCUUGAGCUCCACAAGCACCGAAAGAAGAAACUUCACAAUGUCUUGAUUGGGUGUAGCCAAAUAAAUGAAGGAACUGUUCAUGCAUUUGAUGGAGUCAUGGGCUUAGGCUACAGCAAGCAUUCUUUUGCCGUAAGGGUGGCAAAAGAGUUUGGAUAUAUGUUCUCAUAUUGUCUGGUUGAUCACUUGAGCCCAAGUAACUUUGCCAACUACCUAAGCUUUGGCCGCAAAAGUAAAGGUUCAAAAUUGCAUAACAUGCAAUACACAAAGCUCAUCCUAGGAGUCAUAAAUCCAUUUUAUGCUGUGAAUGUUGCUGGUAUCUCAAUAGGUGGGACAAUACUUAAAAUCCCGUCAGAAGUAUGGGACAUUGAAGGCAAUGGUGGAGUCAUUAUUGAUUCUGGUACAAGCUUGACUGCUCUAACAGAACUUGCAUACAAACCUGUCAUUGCCGCUUUGGAUCCCCACUUAAAGAAUUUUCAAAAGUUAGACAUCGACAUUGAGGAAUUGAACUAUUGUUUUAAUGCCACAGGAUUUAAGGAGAGCCUUGUGCCAAAGUUGGCAUUUCAUUUUGCUGAUGGGGCUCAGUUUGUGCCACCAGUUAAGAGUUAUGUUAUUGAUGCUGAUGAUGGUGUGAAAUGUCUUGGGUUCACUUCAAUAAAAUGGCCUGGCAACUCUAUUAUUGGUAACAUUAUGCAGCAGAAUCAUUUCUGGGAGUUUGAUCUUGUUGGGAAGAAGUUAGGUUUUGCACCUUCAUCCUGUACAAUGCUUGAGUCCAAGGUUUAA